AUGCGUCCGACGCAACUACUAUCACUGGGCCUAUCAGUCGCCUCGCUCGUACUACCCAGUCAAGCCAUUGAGCUCGACAUCAGCGAUGAAGCAUCCAUCAAAUCCGCCGCCUCGACCGUCGCUUACGGCAUGAUGAAAUACUACCACGGCAACGAAACAGGCCAAACCAUCGGUCUCCUCCCUUGGCCCUACUACUGGUGGCACGCGGGUGCCGUCUUCGGUUCAUUGGUCGACUACUGGUACUACACAGGCGACAGCACCUACAACAAUGUCACCGCGACCGCUCUACUCUUCCAAGCCGGCCCGGACUAUGACUACAUGCCCGAAAACCAGACAAAAACAGAAGGCAACGACGAUCAAGCAUUCUGGGGCAUGGCCGCCAUGUCAGCCGCAGAAGUAGGCUUCCCUAACCCGCCCAAGGGGAAGCCAGGGUGGUUGGCUCUGGCUCAAGCGACAUUCAACACUCAAGCCCUACGCUGGGAUACAAAGUCCUGCGACGGAGGUCUGCGCUGGCAAAUCUUCACCUUCAACAACGGAUACAAUUACAAAAACUCCAUUUCCAACGGUGGAUUCUUCAACCUGGGGGCGAGAUUGGCAAUGUAUACCGGCAACACCACCUAUGUCGAUUGGGCCGUCAAAGCAUGGGAUUGGAUGCAAGAAGUCGGACUCAUGACGGAUGACUAUUACAUCUACGAUGGCACUGAUACCAGCAACUGCACGGAUGUGUCAAAGAUCCAAUGGACGUAUAAUGCGGGUAUUUUCUUACUCGGAGCAGCAACGCUUUGGAACAUUACCGGCGAAGACAUCUGGAGGGAACGCACGGAAGGGCUUUGGAACGCGACGCAUGUGUUUUUCACAGACAACAAGGUCAUGUAUGAGGUUGCUUGCGAGCCUGGCGGUAACUGCAACGUGGAUCAACAUACAUUCAAAGCCUACCUAGCCCGCUGGAUGGCCGCCUCCACAAAAGUCGCCCCUUUCCUCUCUUCGCUGGUCCAACCCUACCUCGCCGCCUCUGCCCUCGCAGCCGCUCAAUCCUGCACGGGCGGCACCGACGGCGUCACCUGCGGCACAAACUGGUUUCCCAACUCCACCUCCUCCUCCCCUACAACCGUCACCUGGGACAACACAUGGGGAGUAGGACAGCAGUUGUGCGCCUUGGAGGUUAUUCAAAGCAAUUUGAUCACGAAGGUCAGAGGGCCGUUGACGAAUACUACUGGAGGUACGAGCGAUGGGGACGAUGCGGCUGGUGGGUCUGGGACGAAGGAUCCGACGGCGAUGAAGAAAAUUACGCAGGCCGAUCGGGCGGGGGCGGUGAUUGUGACGAUUAUCGUGUUGGCGGGUUGGUUGGGGGGCUUGAUUUGGUUGAUUAUUUAG